AUGCUGUUCGGAACGUAUCAGGCAGAUGAUGGCCGCGGAACUGAAUCGCUGAGCUUUCCCGGGAAAGAGAAGGCGCACUGGGAGUGGGACUGCCGCUGCGAUGCUGCAGGCGCUGGGGGUGAGAGCGGUGACAUAGGAGCUCGUAUGGCAUCGACCAGGUAUCUGACAGGAUGGAUCGAAUACGCGCCACUCGCACUCGGAGGUGCCGCAGUCGUCACCGGCGGCGGCGCGAGAUCAGGAGAUGCCGAUGCGGGGGCCACGGCAUCACGCGUGAUGCGUGACGACUCUUCGCUAGCAACAGGACGCAUCCCGAUGGAUGUGGUCACCGUCACGGAGGCGAGACAGCGCGGACGUCGGAGGGGCAGUGCCAUCCAGAUCGCGUGGAUAGGGAUUUCAAUCGCACCCAAACACGGCCUAGCGCAUGGAAGCGGCGCCUCGAAAGAUCCCAGAUGCACGAUCACUGCAUUACUCGCACCUGGCAUCCUUGGUUCGACAGCUGUCAACGCUGGAAAUAUCAAGGUGGCCAACAUGUCACAUCGCUCGCCUGCGUGUGCCCAGGCGCUCAGGAUCAAUAGAGACCAAGUUAGAAGCCGCUGA